GUGUCACUAUUAGGUUAAUUGUGUGUUUGAAUGAACAAUUGUAGUUUAAACCAAUAAUAUAAAUUAUUUAAAUAAUGUCAAUUGAUUUAUAUUACAACAAGUUUAGCGGUCCGUCGAGGGCUGCGUUGAUGACAGUCCGGCAGUUAAACAUUGACAUCAAUCUUAAACAACUGGAUUUGAGUGCUGGCGAACAUAUGACACCCGAAUACCUCGCUAUAAACCCUAACCAUAAAGUGCCCACUUUGGUUGACGGCGAGUUUGUCCUAUGGGAGAGUCGGGCAAUAAUGCAAUACCUGUGCAACCGAUACGCGCCGGACAGCACUCUCUACCCGAAGGACCCUAAAAAGCGCGCUCUAGUGGACCGGUCUCUUAACUUUGACUUUUCAUUCUUAGCUCAACUCUCAGAAGUGAUGGUAUUUUAAAUAAU